AUGUCGCCGCCGUGUGCCGCGUUCCCACCGUCAAAAUUGGAUGUGCACGUCCAGGAAGAUGUCAAGGGGAAGAAGCGCAAGCUGCCAGGAGGCGCCGAUGUCGACCUGACCAAGUGUGCGUUGAAGGAGAUGACGCAGUACAGGUGCUUUGUCGAGAACUCGCAGUCCCGGAAUAGCCCGGUCCGCUGCUGGCCAAUUCACCGGCUCUUCCGACAAUGUCAAGACAAAAAGGGCACGUUCAUGGUUGAGACCACAGCUUGGGAGGGUUCAAAGUCAGACCCCACCACCACCACCCGUCACAACUCCCAAGCUAUAGGCAACGGCAAAUCGCAAGACGGCCAUUCUAGUAUCUUUAUCUGGCCAUCUCAUUCGAAGCACAUAGUAUGCGCACCUGGCCGAUCGUAUGAUGAUACGGCCCGGCGAGAUUGUGUCGUGGAUAAUCGAUCCGAGUGCAUCGAAACCAAGGCUGUCUCGAGCGAUAAAGCCUGUAUUUUCUGGAUACGUGAGAUAAUCAGACGAGCAAAGCCAAGUUCUCUUGAUCGUACCGCAGUCUGUCGCACUUGGUUCUCACGAGGUUUCGGCAAAGCAAGACCUUCAACGUGGAGGCAGCAUGGAUCAAGUGCCAUGGACUGGUGGACAAUGGUCCCCCGUAUCUUGUCUAUGACUGCAAAUGCCCUCUCGUGCUUCCUCCACCCAAUCUAA